UACACCGGAGCACUAUCAUUUGAAAUAUGGAAACGAAGAAGAGCUGAGCCAGACGCCAGGCGGCUCCCGCAGCAAAAGUGAAACGGAAGGAUGAGUAAACCGAAAGAUGCAAAAUAAAUUACUAUUAUGGCGAUAUUCAUACAUAUGUGAACGAACGGCCGCAUUUUCUGGUUGUUUUAGUUUCGUAACCCAGUGUACGCUACCAAACGUAACCGGGCGAUAUUAAUUACUGACAGCGUGUUAUUCAUUGUAGCAGUUUCGUCAAUUUUUUUUUUUUUUUUUGCAGUACGUUACAAAAAAAUAUGUUGGUUUAUUUUAUUAUAUUUCGUGCGUUUUAGGGGUAAUGUUUCCCAGUUGUAAUCACGGGUCAAUGAGUGUCGACGCUGAUUGGCUCACGUGAUGCUACAACGUCAUUUGAACCGUCGAGUACUGUAAUUCAUUCAUUAACGAUACUGUAUACCUCAAAUUGUUUUAAAUAUUAAAAUAGCAGAGGUAAAAAUCCCGUUAAACUCAGCAGUUGUCUUUUUAAAUUGAUUUAUUAUCCCGUAAAGGAUUUUUUUGUUAAGUGUCAGUCAAUGAUUUACUUCAGUCGUCCAAUGGCUCCAAAACAUCCCCAGUUGAGCAAACAACAGAGAAGACUCCCCAAGGCCGUUGUUAAAUUAGAAUAAUUUAGUUGAAUAGUUUCGGGAUUAUAGUCUCGUUACAAGCAAUCUAUCUGAUCUGUGAUCCCCCUUCCACGAGGCCAGAUUAAAUCAUUUCUGGUGUUUGGGAGUUGACCAUUAACUUGGACAGAUUACAAACAGUCCUCAGUUGUGAGCAGCUGCUGGUGCUGCUGGUUUUGCGGAUCCUGAAGCAAAGUUCACGGGCAGCACAGUCUGCUGAUCUCCUCGUUGAAUUCUCCUCACAAAAAUUUGCAGUCAUGGGGAGAGCAAGUUAUGGAUACUACCGAGGGACGAUAUUUUCAGCCAUGUUUGUUGGCUACAUGCUUUACUACUUUAACAGAAAAACCUUCUCUUUUGUGAUGCCUUCACUGAUGGAGGAAAUUCAGAUGGACAAAGAUGAUCUGGGCAUGAUAACCAGCAGUCAGUCUUUGGCCUACGCUAUCAGUAAGUUCAUCAGCGGCGUGCUGUCUGACCAGAUCAGCGCUCGCUGGCUCUUCUCCAUUGGCUUGUUUGCGGUGGGAGGCAUCAACGUGGUCUUUUCCUGGUCGUCCGCCGUAGCCGUCUUCUCUGCCCUGUGGUUCCUCAAUGGCUUGGGUCAGGGUCUCGGCUGGCCUCCCUGCGGAAGGGUGCUGCGCAAGUGGUUCGAGCCCUCUCAGUUUGGAACGUGGUGGGCAAUCCUGUCAUGCAGCAUGAAUUUGGCUGGGAGCUUGGGCCCCAUCAUCGCCACGGUCCUGGCCCAGAGUUACAGCUGGAGAACCAUCCUGUUCGUGUCCGGAAUGAUCUGCGUGCUGAUGUCCUUUGUCUGCCUGGUAGUCAUCAAGAACGAGCCCAAGGAUGUCGGCCUGCCGAAUGUGGAAGUGGCAGCCAAGAAGAGCAAAGGGGGUUCUUUUAGUGAUGAGAGCACGCUAUCCGAGUUUCUGCUCUCGCCAUACUUGUGGCUACUGUCCUUGUCUUAUCUGGUCGUGUUUGGGGUGAAGACGGCCUGCACUGACUGGGGGCAGCUGUUCCUCAUUCAAGACAAGGGACAGUCCACGCUGAUGGGUAGCUCAUACAUGAGCGCCCUGGAGUUGGGAGGUCUGCUGGGCAGCCUGGUAGCAGGUUACCUCUCUGACAAAGCUGUGGCCAAACAAGGUAUGAAAAUCUAUGGCAAUCCUCGUCAUUCUGUCCUGCUCCUUAUGCUGGCAGGAAUGUCCGCGUCCAUGUACCUGUUUAGAGUCACGGUCACUCCAGACAGCCCAAAGGUGUGGAUACUCAGUUUGGGUGCAGCGUUUGGUUUCUCCUCCUAUGGGCCAAUCGCCUUGUUUGGUGUCAUAGCCAAUGAGAGCGCUCCAUCCAACUACUGUGGGACGUCGCAUGCGAUUGUGGCCCUCAUGGCGAAUAUUGGCGGCUUCCUCUCCGGGCUCCCGUUCAGCACCAUUGCCAAACAUCACGGCUGGGAAACGGCCUUCUGGGUCGCAGAGAUUCUCUGCGGCGUCACCGCCGUCUGCUUCUUCCUGCUGCGUAACGUCCGCACUAAGAUGGGCCACGUGUCCAAGAAGUCCGACUGAAGUGUCGUCACUUCCCAUCAGACGAUAAAUGUGAAGCCUUCCGUGUAUUAUGCCGGAGUUUAAAAACAUUUUUUAUGCUCGUCACAUUGGUGCAGUACAAAGUAUUUAGAAUGUGUUUUUAUCCUAAAACUGCGACACUCUUGAAAUGCCCGCAUCAGUAAUUUAACAAGGAAAAUCCUCAAAGUCAAACACAGUGAGAUCCUUGACGCUGGUUGGUUUCCAAAUUUUGAUCAUAUCUAACUUCUUUUCUCAAACUCUUGCUGUCAUAGAACCUCCAGAAACUGAAUGGGCAACAUUUUGCUUACAUUUAACUUUUGGGAUAUUCAACUUUGAAGGUUCCACCAGAGAAAGGUCUCCUCAAGCAGUACAUACAGUAAUAUCUUUUUUUUUUUUUUUAAUAAAAAUAAAAUGGUACAGGUCA